UGUUGGUCAGCUGUGUUGUUGUUGCUCGUGCAUAGUAGCGUUUCCUUUUGAGCGCAGUUUACGAUGCCAAGAACAGCAAAACCCCCACACCACACGCUGGCCGAAAUCAAAGUAAACAAAGAAACCAAACAGCGUUGGGUUUGGUGCAUGGUGGAACGGGUGCGCAAUAGUAGGCGAAGCACCCGGCUCUAUCUGGCGUAUUUGAACACGGAGUUUUUAACUCCCCUCCACCCACCGCCCUCCUCCAAAGUGCAGCAACGAUGGAUGCGUCAACCAUUCUGGAGCGUGCGACGGAACUGAUCCGCUGCUGCAAGGUACCACGGCUGAUGACCAGCAUCGAGGAGGGUCCCCUAGACCGGAGCACCUUUACGCAGUUUCUGCACGUGCUGGAAGCGACGCUACCGGCGGUGUUCGAUCUGCUAGCCGAGCACGGCACCCUACUGACCGGGUACGACGAGUACAACGAGGAUGAUAACGUGCCGUUCAAGGCAGGGCUGGUGCUUGUGAUAGCUGAACAGUACAGCGAAGCAGGCGACGCUAGGGCGUCCGGUGAGGAUGCAGCCCACGGCGAGGAGUAUCGCACCGGCAAGCCAGCGCUGCGGAAACGUAUCGCACAGUUCUGCCAGGGCCACGAACUGGAGCAUCUGCUGACUGACAGGGGCAGUGAUCGGGUAUGGCGUCACUUGCACGACCACUAUCGGCGGGUGCUGUCGGCGAGCGAGUGGAAGCAUCAUCCGGCCGACGUGGCAGGGUUCGUGCGGCUGGUGGAGCUGCUGUACGGGCCCUAUCCGGUGAGUGGCGCCCCGCCGCCGCAGCUGGACGAUGACCGGGCGGCAUACAUUCUGUCGGUCGGCAUUAUGCUGGUGGAGUUUUUCGAGCCCGCCUAUCAGCUGCUGGGGCUGCGGCUGUUCUGUGCCCUGCUGGCGCCACACCAUCGGCCCGUCAUGCGGCGCACCAACAUACACCGCGUUGUGUACAGCAAUGCGAAGCGGCUGACGAACAAAUGCAAUCAGGAGCUGUUUCUGGAGGCGCUCUGGCGAUGCAUCUAUCUGUACGUGGAGCUGGAGGAGGCGGACCGGCAAGACUUUACGCAGUGGAACACGGUAGACGAUAUAAUGGAGAUUCUGCUCAAUGGACUCACGUUCCAAUCGAAACUCAGCCAGUCCGGCAUCUAUCUGCUGUACCUGCUGAAGAUGCUCGCCCUCGACCUGCCCGACUAUCUCAUCGAUGGGCUGGAUGAGGUACAAUCGAUCGACCGGAAGUGCCACCUGUACGAGCCCGUGUGCGAGCAGCUGCGGCAGGACUGUCUCGGCGGGUUCCACAACCGCCGGUACUACCGCUGGCUGCAUCAGAUCAUCGAACUGCUCCCACACGAAGCCGUCAAGUGCCAGGGUGCUGCUAGGGAAAAUGGUCGAUACUGUCAUGGUGUCAAUCUACUCUUCAUACUAGUCACGUUCCCGGUCGAACCGGAAGCACUGCGACCGACCCAUAUACGGAUGCAGACCAGUUUGGUGGAAUUCAUCAACGUGUUUAAGCAGUACGAGCAGCAGCAAAGUGCGGCGGCGGCCAAGCGGUCGAGCGCAUCGAGCGACUUCGUCUACAACACGAAAGCGCUGGUCUCGAUCAGCAAAACGAUGCUGGUGUUUCUCACCCACCUGGCACCGCACUACUUUCCCGAGCAUCCCGCAAUGGCAACGCUCGGUCAGCAGCUUGCAAACGAUUAUGCGGACUGCGAUUCGAUCAUGUACAACUGCAUGCAGAGUUUGAUCGAGAAGUUGCGAUAAAAAAAGGUCACCUUAAAGAAAGGUAA